CACACACUUUCAGGGCGCAGCUACAGGACGAAAGAGGCUUGUCCUCUCUGGGUCUCCGUACAGGCUCUGUAGCUACAUCCUUGCUGGUCUCCCCGCCCCCUUCCACGUCAGCCAAGGACUCGGUGGAGCCGUCGCGGCAGCGGCUUCUGGACCGGUAGUCGACAGUCCCACGGUUCCUUCCCGGCCCCCGCCCCUCGGAGCCAGAUUUUCCUGGCACCUUUCGUCCUUUUUCAUCUUGUAUUGGGUUGAAUAUAAACAGAAACAAUGACGGCAGCUGAGAACGUGUGCUAUACGUUAAUUAACGUGCCAAUGGAUUCAGAACCCCCUUCUGAAAUCAGCUUAAAAAAUGACCUGGAAAAAGGUGAUGUGAAGUCAAAGACUGAAGCUUUGAAGAAAGUGAUCAUUAUGAUUCUGAACGGGGAAAAGCUUCCCGGACUCCUGAUGACGAUCAUUCGUUUUGUGCUGCCUCUUCAGGAUCACACCAUCAAAAAGUUGCUUCUGGUCUUCUGGGAGAUUGUUCCUAAAACAACUCCAGAUGGGAGGCUCUUACAUGAAAUGAUUCUUGUGUGUGAUGCAUACAGAAAGGAUCUCCAGCAUCCUAAUGAGUUUAUUCGUGGGUCUACUCUUCGUUUCCUCUGCAAGUUGAAGGAGGCAGAGCUGCUGGAGCCGUUGAUGCCUGCUAUCCGUGCCUGUCUGGAGCACCGUCACAGCUAUGUCAGGAGAAAUGCUGUUCUGGCCAUCUAUACCAUCUACAGAAAUUUUGAACAUCUUAUACCUGAUGCUCCUGAGCUGAUACAUGAUUUUCUGGUAAAUGAGAAGGAUGCAAGCUGCAAAAGAAAUGCAUUUAUGAUGCUGAUUCAUGCAGACCAGGAUCGAGCUUUGGAUUAUUUAAGUACAUGUAUUGAUCAAGUUCAGACAUUUGGAGACAUUCUACAGUUGGUUAUUGUUGAACUGAUUUAUAAGGUCUGUCACGCUAAUCCAUCAGAAAGGGCCCGUUUCAUUCGCUGUAUCUAUAACUUACUGCAGUCAUCGAGUCCUGCUGUAAAAUACGAAGCUGCUGGGACAUUGGUAACACUGUCAAGUGCACCAACUGCAAUAAAGGCUGCUGCUCAGUGUUACAUUGAUUUAAUUAUUAAGGAGAGUGAUAACAAUGUAAAGCUCAUCGUCCUGGACCGAUUGGUAGAAUUAAAAGAGCAUCCUGCUCAUGAACGAGUCCUCCAGGAUCUGGUCAUGGACAUCCUAAGAGUACUGAGUACACCAGACUUAGAAGUACGUAAGAAAACGCUGCAGUUAGCACUGGAUCUUGUCUCAUCUAGGAAUGUUGAAGAGUUAGUUAUUGUCUUGAAGAAGGAAGUAAUUAAAACAAAUAACGUGUCUGAGCAUGAAGACACGGACAAAUACCGACAGCUUCUUGUGCGAACACUGCAUUCCUGUUCAGUCCGAUUUCCAGAUAUGGCUGCAAAUGUUAUUCCUGUGCUAAUGGAGUUUCUCAGUGACAAUAAUGAAGCAGCAGCUGCUGAUGUCUUGGAGUUUGUUCGUGAAGCCAUUCAGCGCUUUGACAACCUGAGAAUGCUGAUUGUUGAGAAGAUGCUGGAAGUCUUCCAUGCUAUUAAGUCUGUCAAGAUUUAUCGAGGAGCAUUGUGGAUCCUGGGAGAGUACUGCAGUACAAAGGAAGACAUUCAGAGUGUGAUGACUGAGGUCCGCAGGUCCCUUGGGGAGAUCCCAAUUGUAGAAUCAGAAAUAAAGAAAGAAGCUGGCGAGUUAAAGCCAGAAGAAGAAAUAACUGUUGGGCCCGUUCAGAAAUUGGUUACAGAGAUGGGCACCUAUGCUACUCAGAGUGCACUCAGCAGUUCCAGGCCUACCAAGAAAGAAGAAGACAGACCACCCUUGAGAGGAUUCCUCCUGGAUGGAGAUUUCUUUGUUGCUGCCUCCCUUGCCACAACUCUGACUAAGAUUGCAUUACGCUAUGUAGCAUUGGUUCAGGAGAAGAAAAAGCAAAACUCUUUUGUUGCUGAGGCUAUGUUGCUUAUGGCAACUAUCCUUCAUUUGGGAAAAUCCUCUCUUCCUAAGAAGCCAAUUACUGAUGAUGAUGUAGACCGAAUUUCUCUGUGCCUCAAGGUCUUAUCUGAAUGCUCACCUUUGAUGAAUGACAUUUUUAAUAAGGAGUGCAGACAGUCUCUUUCCCAGAUGUUGUCUGCCAAACUCGAAGAAGAGAAACUAUCUCAAAAGAAAGAAUCUGAAAAGAGGAAUGUAACAGUACAACCUGAUGACCCCAUUUCCUUCAUGCAACUAACUGCUAAGAAUGAAAUGAACUGCAAGGAAGAUCAGUUCCAGCUGAGUUUGUUGGCAGCAAUGGGUAAUACUCAGAGGAAAGAGGCAGCAGAUCCCCUAGCAUCCAAACUUAACAAGGUCACUCAGUUGACAGGUUUCUCUGAUCCAGUGUAUGCAGAAGCUUAUGUUCAUGUCAAUCAGUAUGAUAUUGUCCUGGAUGUUCUUGUUGUAAACCAAACCAGUGAUACUUUGCAGAACUGCACAUUAGAGUUGGCUACUCUAGGGGAUCUGAAACUUGUGGAAAAACCGUCUCCUUUGACUCUUGCUCCUCAUGACUUUGCAAAUAUUAAAGCUAAUGUCAAGGUAGCAUCAACAGAAAAUGGAAUCAUUUUUGGCAAUAUAGUCUAUGAUGUCUCUGGAGCGGCAAGUGACAGGAACUGUGUGGUCCUCAGUGACAUCCAUAUUGACAUUAUGGACUAUAUCCAGCCUGCAACUUGCACUGAUGCCGAGUUCCGUCAGAUGUGGGCUGAAUUUGAAUGGGAAAAUAAAGUAACAGUUAACACCAACAUGACUGACCUGAAUGACUAUUUACAGCACAUCCUCAAGUCAACCAACAUGAAGUGCCUGACUCCAGAAAAGGCCCUUUCUGGCUACUGUGGCUUCAUGGCAGCCAAUCUGUAUGCUCGUUCUAUAUUUGGAGAGGAUGCACUUGCAAAUGUCAGCAUUGAGAAGCCAGUACACCAGGGACCAGAUGCCGCCGUUACUGGCCAUAUAAGAAUUCGUGCAAAAAGUCAGGGAAUGGCCUUGAGCCUUGGAGAUAAAAUCAACCUGUCUCAAAAGAAGACUAGUCUAUAAGAAUGAACAAAAGGUCCUUGCAAGUUUGUGGUUAAAAUUUAGGUGUGGGCUGAUUGGACUUCAACAUCUUUUGUACUCUUUUCAUGCUUUAUGUUUGUAGAAUUUGAGGUCAUGCUGAAUGCAUUCCAGCCAGUAAUUUAUAGCCUUUCCCCUAAAUCAAGAAUGAGUUUAAAAUUAUAGUUUGUCUUUUAUCUUAACAGUUCUGAAUGCUGUCCUCAAAGUAUAUAAUGUUUCUCAUAUGUACCAAGACCAUUUUCACAAUAAACAGAUCUGUUCAUAAAUUUUUGUUAUUUUAUAAAUAAAUUACUUAAUUUUA